AUGGCUGAUGAAGACAAAAAAAAUGCAAAAAAUCAAUUAGAUGAAUUGCAUACAUGGAUGUCUACGAUUCCACUUUCAAAACCAACAAAAAAUUUAUCUAGAGAUCUUUCGGAUGCUGUAAUAAUGGCGGAAAUUCUAAAAAUAUAUUAUCCUCGUUAUGUUGACCUUCAUAAUUACGUACCAGCCAAUAGUAUAACUACGAAGAAAGAAAAUUGGCAGAUAUUAAAUCGAAAAGUGCUGCGUAAAAUUGAUAUGAAAUUAACUAAAGAUAUCAUUAAUCAGUUGGCGAAUUGUUAUCCUGGUGCUGCUGAAAAUAUGUUGCUAGAACUAAGAAAGAAGGUUCUACAAGGUUCUGACGAUUUAUUACGUAAUGACAAAGAAAAUGACUCUAUCGAAGACGACAAAAUAGACGUGGAUAACAUCAAAACUACGAUAUCAGAGAAGUCAAUAUCAAGUACUGUUGAUGAAGUAACUUUGAAGACACUUGAUUUGGAAAAUGUGACGAAGGCGUCUAGAACGCAAACAACAUCGGAGAAUAUUAACGAAGACGAUCCUAAUGUUUUUCACGCCUUCGUAGAAUUAACAAGAAAACUACAGGAGCUCGACAAUAUUAUUUCUUCCUUAAAUCACAAAAUUGCGUAUCUUGAGAACACGAUAAAACCUUGA